AUGAAGUUUGAAAAUGUUCUUGAGGAGACUAAUGGCUUUGGAUGGUUCCAAAUGUUGAUCAUUACUCUGCUCUGUGUUCCUCGGGUGAUUCUGCCUUGUCACUUCUUGCUGAAUAACUUCAUUGCAGCUGUACCCUCUCACCACUGUGACCUUAGCUCUCUGGAAGAUGGAGUAGUCUUUAGGAAUCUGUCGCAGGGGCAAAGACUGACCGUGGGUCUCCCAGUGCAGGAACAUGGAUCUACAAGUUCAUGUAGGAUGUUUGCAGAACCCCAAUUUAAACUCCUGGAAAAUGUUUCCAGCCAUACUGAAUUACCUACCAUUCAGUGUAGAACCGGAUGGGUGUAUGACAAGAGCAUGUUCACCUCCACACUGGCUACAGAGUGGGACCUUGUCUGUGACAGAAAAAGCUUGAACAAAGCAACAGCCACCAUCUUCUUUGUUGGAGUUAUGUUUGGAGCCAUUAUCUUUGGUAUCCUCUGUGACAAGUAUGGUAGAAGGAGCAUUUUAUUGGUGUCUUACACAAUGGCCAUCGUAUUUGGAAUGUCCAGUGCAUUCUCAAACUCCUUCAUAAUGUUUGCAGUGUUGAGAUUUCUCACAGGCUUUGGACUCACAGGAAUUAGUAUAAUUUCCAUAGUUCUGAGCAUUGAGUGGGUGGAUGUAAGACACCGGGCAUUGAUUGGCGUGAUUGGCAGCAUGGCGUGGACUGUUGGGAAUAUAAUGCUUGCAGGAAUUGCAUACUUAGUGAACGAUUGGCGGAUGCUGAUUGUGGCUGUUACUGCCCCUCUAGGUUUUGCUAUCAUUACCUGGUGGUGGAUCCCUGAGUCUGCCCGGUGGCUUUUGGCCAAUGGAAAAGUGGAAAGGGCUCACUUUUACCUGGAGAAGUGUGCCCGGUUUAAUAAAAAAGAUAACUUUUCUUCAAAAAUACAACUUGCGAGCCUGUCUAAUAUGACAACAGAUAACCAGAAGAAGACAUACUCCUAUUUGGAUCUUAUAAGGACCGCAGGAAUGAGAAGGCUGUCACUACUCACAGGGAUAGUUUGGUAUGGCGUUGCAUCAACAUACUAUGGGAUUAGUUUAAACAUUACUGGCUUUGGCUUGAACAUCUAUCUUACCCAUUUCAUCUACGCUGCCAUUGAAGUACCUGCAAAGAUUAUUGUCUACUUCUGUCUGAAUUCCACUGGCCGAAGACGUUGCCAAUCCGGCACUCUUCUUCUAACUGGAAUUUGUAUAGCCAUAAAUAUCUUUCUGCCCAAAGGUAUGUGGUACCUGCGCACAAUUGUGGCUGUGCUUGGAAAAGGCCUAUCAGAAGCGUCAUUCACCACAGUCUUCCUGUACACCACUGAACUAUACCCAACAGUUGUCAGGCAAAACGGCAUAGGCUAUACAAGUUUUAUGGCUCGUUUGGGCGUGUCAAUGGCGCCUCUGAUUAUACUACUGGAAGAUGUGUGGAAGCUACUUCCUGAGGUUAUCAUCUGCUUUUUUGCCAUCUUUUCUGGGCUUGUGGCAUGUCUUCUCCCAGAGACCUUAAAUGCAAAGCUGCCAGAGACCAUUGAGGACAUUGAAGAAUCAAGAAGUAAUACCAUCUUUAAAUCCCACAUGGAGACUCUUGAUGUUUCUCUGAAACCAAGGAACCAAGGAAGUCAAACACAAAUCCCUUUGGGAAAUGUGUAAUACGUGUGUCCUCAGGAUCUGAAUUCGGAUGCAUUUAUA